CAUCCGAAUCUUAAUACCCAUAAAGCCCAGCGACACAAACUCUUCACAAAACCUCCUCUUUGAUUGAUUGAUUGAUUCGCCAUUAUUAUUCUUAUCAUUUCUCACAAAACAAAACUUUACAUUUCCCAUUUUCUCAGCCAUUUCAACAGAACCAUAACACACUGAAGCCAUGGAAGUUGUAGACAAGACAAAAAUGGGAUUCGAGGAGACUGAGCUCAGGCUAGGGUUACCAGGGAAUAACAAUGGAGAGGUGGCAAGAAAGAGAGGCUUCUCUGAGACUGUGGAUUUGAAGCUUAAUCUUUCUUCCAAAGACCCUAAGAUAGAUUAUCCAAAUGACAACACCAAUAAUUCACAAAGACACAAGAAUCUUCUUGCUGCUGAUCCAGAAAAGCCUCCAGCUAAGGCACAAGUAGUGGGUUGGCCUCCAGUCCGAUCCUUCCGAAAAAACAUGUUAUCUGUCCAAAAGAGCAGCACUGAGGAGUGUGAGCAGAAGCUAUCCGGCAACGGCAACGCAACCUUUGUCAAGGUCAGCCUGGAUGGGGCACCUUACCUCCGAAAAGUAGACUUAAGCAUGUGCAAGAGCUACCAGGAACUCUCCGAUGCCCUGGGAAAGAUGUUCAGUUCUUUCAGUUCUAUAGGAAAUUGUGGACCCCAAGGAAUGAGAGAAUUCCUGAACGAGAGCAAGCUUAAAGAUGUUCUUAAUGGCACCGACUAUGUCCCAACUUAUGAAGAUAAGGAAGGUGACUGGAUGCUUGUGGGUGAUGUCCCAUGGGAGAUGUUUGCUCAGUCAUGCAAACGGCUGCGUGUAAUGAAAGGAACGGAGGCAACUGGACUUGCACCAAGAGCCAUGGAGAAACGCAAGAACAGAAGCUGAAGUAGUGAUGUAGCAACCAGAACCUGCUUCUUCGAUACAGGACAAGUACAAAAGUAAACUCGCAUGCAGAUGGAUAUAAAGAUAUUGAGCAGGUUGCUAGGGUUGUUUAUGUAUUAAUUAAAUUAUGGUUUGUUAUAUAAUUAAUAUACAAUAUUAAGUAUGUAUUUGUAUUGUGAGACACUCUACUGCCUGAGUAUUAAUUAUUGUGGACUUGGAACAAUAAUGACUUUUUUUUUUUUAAUGAGACUUGGGCUAUGUCUGGCUUGGUGUUGAGUGUUAA